ACAAAAGCACGAAGACUCACUGAUUCACUAACUCGGGAACUGAGCGCAGUGGCUCCUGAAACUAAGCUUUUUUAACUAAAACGCCUUAUUUGGCUAGACUUCUCACAUUAAACACUUUCUUUAGGGUUUUCACUUUGUCACUUCUGCUUCUUAAAAGUGUUUAAAACUGUACCAAACUUCAGCCAACUAAACCUGUUUCUUCUGGUGUUGUGGGUUAGGUGAGACUUGAACGAGAGGACAUUUGGUUUGCCAUUUAACCACUUUGGCUAAAGGGGAUAUAAAAAUAAUGCAGACUCCAAAAGCAAGAAGUGCCUCUUCAGAAGUUCCUCAAAGGAAAUCUCCAGCAAAACCACGUACUGCCAGCCAACUCAAGAUACUGGCAUCAGAUUCUGAUGUUGUUUCCCCUUCGCCGCACCCAACAAAUAGGACACCAAAAGAUAAAAGUCCUAAAGUCAUUGAUCGCAAAUCACCUAGGAGUCCAGCAACGACAGAGAAAAAGCGCCCAAGCAGAAUGACGGAAUUGGAAUCACGGCUUGCUCAACUUCAAGAAGAUCUGAAGAAGGCAAAGGAACAACUGAAUUCUUCUGAUUCAUUGAAGAGGCGAGCCCAGCAGGAAGCUGAGGAAGCCAAGAAGCAGUUGUCGGCCAUGUCAACAAAGCUUGAGGAAUCUCAACAGCAACUGCUGGAGAUUACUACUUCUGAGGAUGCUCGAGUUGAUGAGCUCAGAAAAAAUUCACAGGAUCGUGAUAAAGCAUGGCAGUCUGAACUUGAUGCUGUCCAGAAACAGCAUGUUAUGGACUCUGCUGCCCUGGCUUCUUCCAUGAAUGAGAUUCAGAGGCUAAAAGUUCAGCUGGAAAAAGUGGCUGAAUCUGAAGCUGCCCAGAGCAAGCAUGCAGAGUCCGCACAUGCUGAGAUGCAGGGUUUGAGAAUAGAACUUACUGAAACUCUCUCCCUGGUUGAAAAACUUAAAUCUGAAAUUAAUAACUGCAAAGAAUCUGAAGCUCAGGCUCUUGAAGUUAUCGGCAAAACUCAAAUGCAACUGGAGAGGGCAAAUGCAACUAUAGAAAUGUUGCGAUCUGAUGGCACUAAAGCCACAGAGGCUUUUAAUUCCUUAUCAUUGGAGUUGGAGCAGUCAAAAGCUCGAGUCAAAUCAUUGGAGGAACUUGUAAGCAAGCUCCAGUCAGAUCUACUUAGCAGUAACAAUAAUAAAUUGGUGGAAUCUCCAGGUGAUGCUGAACUUUCUCAGAAGGAUGGGGAAAAGGAGGAAAUAAACCAGCUCAAAGCAGAGCUUAAUCAUGCUAAAUAUGAAUUGAGUCAAUUGAAAUCUGCAUUAGAUGCUUCUGAGACCAGGUACCAGGAAGAAUAUAUUCAAAGCACAUUGCAGAUUAGGAGUGCAUAUGAACAAGUUGAAUGUGUAAAGUCAGAAUCAUGCAAGAGAGAGGCUGAAUUGGAGGCAGAAUUGAAAAAUGCCAACGCUCGGAUUGAAGAGUUGAGAUCAAACUUGAUGGGCAAGGAAACAGCACUGCAACAUAUAUCAGAGGAAAAUGAGAGACUGAAUUUGAAAAUGAAGAAAAAUGAACCUAAUGAAAGAGAUUCUGAACUUGAAAUGGAGCUGAAGAAGUUAGAGGCAGAUUUAGCUGAGUUGAAGGCUAGUACAUUGGAAAAGGAGACAGACUUGCAGAAUAUUACCGAGCAAAAUGAGAUGCUCAAGUUGGAGAUUGAGAAGAGGGAAAUGGAGAGAAACAAAGUCAAUGAUGAAGCUAUUACUUUAGCCGAAGCAGCUAGGGCUGCAGAGCAAGAGGCUUUGAUGAAAGUUGGCUAUUUAACGGAGGAAGCUGAUAAAAGCAGCAGAAGAGCAGCCCAUGUAACUGAGCAACUUGAUGCAGCACAGGUGGCAAAUACAGAACUGGAGGCUGAGUUGAGGAGAUUAAAGGUGCAGUCGGACCAAUGGAGGAAGGCAGCUGAGGCAGCAACAGCUAUGCUUUCAACUGGUAACAAUGGAAAAUUUGUAGAAAGCAACUUCAAUCCCAUGAAUGGGACCAUGGGUUCCCCCUACUCAGAAGACAUGGAUGAUGACUCUCCCAAGAAAAAAAAUGCAAACAUGCUGAAGAAGAUCGGGGUUCUAUGGAAGAAAGGCCAGAAGUAGAUAGAGAGAGAACCUGGAAGGUAUUUUGGAAGGUUUCGAAGUAGAUGCCAAUAAAUUUAGAAAAAGACUUGAAGCUCUUCUGCAAAUUCUGUAUAGAAAUGUGAAACUAGUGAACUUUUGUUACUUCAAUAUGGAUUUUGUUUCACCUAAUGUUUUAUGUGGGGCUUUGGACACAGACACAUGUUUUAUCUCUUAGAAGUUUUCUGUGUAAUGAAUCAGUUUUAUUUUUGAGCCAUUA